UUGAUCAACUCGACGCUAUAAGAAUCUUUAAAAUGCUAAACAAGUAACCAACCAAUGGCUCCACACCCCAUAAAUUUACGCUUCUUUCCACACCUAACCCACAUUCCCAAUUUUUAUUUAAAAAACAGAACCGUUGGUUCCUUUUUCUAUGUUCCAGAAGUCCAUGAGGACUCUGUUGACCCAUGACCUGUUCCGAAGGUUCCUCUCAUCUUCCCCUUUCCUUUCAUUUAGCCAUUAUAGAUCGACAAAACCCCAAACCAAACACCACAAAAAGCAAACCAAACCAGAGAAUUUCAGAUUCUCACGCCAACUUACCCAGUGUACAAAGUUUUUUACUUGUAUUCUAUAUAUAAACAAAGGCAACAAGCUAGUCUAAACUACAUCUUUCGUCGGUGGUGUCUUACAGUUUCCUGUCAGGUCGUGCCACUAUGUCGUCAGGAAUAUGUUCACAGGGUUUGGUCUUAGCUACAGCCAUGGUUGUGUCCAGCACUGUUAUUUUCUUCACUUUUUCCAGGCAAAAAAACUUGUCUCCUCCUAAGCAAACUCUUCGUUCUUGCUUGUCUUCAGUGGGAAAGAAAAAGGAUAAAAAGAAGAAGAAAGUGCAGUUUGCUGAGAGUGUGAAGGAAACAAGCGGCAAUGGAGACAAGAAGUUAAUUGCAGCAACAGCAACAACGGCAGGAAGGUCAAGAAAUGUUGAUAGAAUUUGCAGAAAUGAAAUACCGGCAAAUAGGAUUGCUUUGUACAAUGGAAUUCUGAGGGACCGCCUCCAUAAAAUGGAGUGUUCAUACUGAUUACUGUAAAGUUUUUCCGAGACUUUUCUGGGGUUGUCAACUCUUUCAUUUUUCCUUUUCCUUUUUUGUAGACUUGUUUUUUUCUUUUAUCUGCUUGUUUAGAAUGUAAAUGAAGGAACUUUGUCCAAAUUAUGGGUUUUCUCCACGAGAAUGUUUGGCAAAGACUGUAAAUUUCGUGUCAACCGCUUGCAUGAUCGUCGAUUAAGUGUUGAAUUUUUUAUUUUAA